AAGAUGAGGGCAUUCCUCUUUGGAAUUGAUAGAGGAACAAGGGCACUGGAAUGGGUGUAGAGGAAAUGGGUUUGGGGAAAUGUAACGAUGUAGACAGGGAGAGGUUGUAUGACAGGGUCGGAGAUGUUUGGACUGGGAAUGGGAUUGGGUGGUGGUGAUGGGAGUAGUUUAGUUUGUAGGGAAUUAUUUUAUUUAGUUAGAUAUGCAGGGUUAGAUAAGAGAAGAUUAUAGCGGUAGUGAUAGGUCGUAACCGGACUCACACUCCAGUACAGUAGGGGGCGGUGUUUGCACCGCUCGGUCGGUUAAAUAAAAACUAAAAGAAGAAAGACAACAACAGCUGGUCAGCCAUCUCCGUAGCUUGCUAACCAACAUAGCGGAACCGUCCCAUCUCUUUAGACGCUUUCUGGUAUAUGAGCUACUCUGUUUUGAACACAUUUCUGUCGUUUAGCUAAUUAUCUCAUUUAAUUUCAUAUUUACCUUGUUAUUAGUCAGCUAGCUGGCUUGUUAAGUUAGCAUUAGCCUUGUUAGCUAACUGUUAGCUAACAUCCCCCGACCAUGAGUUCACCAAGCUGCUCUCCUCCUGAUGUAGAGGAGGGGGUCUGCUGGACGGAGAAAGAGGGUCUGUGGCUGAAUGUUGUCGUGAAAGAGGAGAAUCAAGAGGAGGAUGUUACAGUAAAACAAGAAGUAGAGGAAGAGGAGGAUGUUACAAUACAAAAACAAGUAGAGGGUGAGGCUGUUACAGUGAAAGAAGAGAAAGACGUUUCAGUGAAAGAAGAGGAAGACCCGAUCAGCGUGAAAGAGGAGGAGGAUGUGACUGUAAAAGAAGAGGUGGUUGCAGUUUUUGGAGUGAAGGAGGAGAAAGAGGGAGAGAUAACUGUCAUAUUGGAAGAGGAGUCAGGAGAUCUGAUUAACACUGGAGAGAGACUGAACUAUCGUGGAUCCUCUGGGGAGCCUCAACAACCUUGUGACGCUGAAGAGGCAGAGACGAGUUUCUCCAGAUCAGAACACCUCAAGAAACACCAGCAGAGACCGUCAGGGAAGAAACCUCACCGCUGCUCUGACUGUGGGAAGAGUUUCACCUCUUCUUCAGAUCUUAAAAUACACCAGAGAAUCCAUACAGGAGAGAAACCUUACAGCUGCUCCGACUGUGCAAGGAGUUUUACCACACGUAGCCAGAUGAUAUCUCAUCGGAGAACCCACACAGGAGAAAAACCUUUCAGCUGUGAUCGAUGUGGGAAGAGUUUUGCUCAGUCAGGCAACCUGACAAUUCACCAGAGAACACACACAGGUGAGAAACCUUACCACUGCUCUGACUGUGGAAUGAGUUUUACUACCUCAGGUGGACUGAUAUCACACCAGAAAACACAUACAGGAGAUCAGUGUGGGAAGAGUUUUCCUGCCGCAAGGAACCUGAAUCUAGUUCACCAGAGACACACAGCUGAUCUGACUGUACACCAGAGAAGCUACACUGUAGAGAAACCAUACCAUUGCUCAGACUGUGGGAUGAGUUUUACUACAUCAAGUGGACUGAUAUCACACCAGAGAAUCCACACUGGAGAGAAACUAUACCACUGCUCAGAUUGUGGGAUGAGUUUUGCUGGAUUAGACAAACUGACUAUACACCAGAGGUUACACACAGAGAGGACUUUUAGUUGUGAUCAAUGUGGGAAAAGCUUUGCUGCAGCAACAAACCUGAUAGUUCACCAGAGAACCCACACGGGAGAGAGGCCUUAUAGCUGUGAUGAAUGUGGGAAGAGAUUCACUCAGUCAGCACACCUGACUGUACACCAGAGAACCCACACGGGAGAGCAGCCUUAUAGCUGCGAUCAAUGUGGGAAACAUUUUGCUUUGCCAGGAAACCUGACUGUACACAAGAGAACACACACCGGAGAGAAACCUUACAGCUGUGAUGUAUGUGAGGAUAGUUUUGCCACCUGGACUGCCCUGGCUACACACAAACGAAUCCACACAGGUGAGAAACCGUACCACUGCUCCGACUGUGGAAUGAGCUUUACUUCCUCAAGCGACUUGAGAAGACACCAGAGAAAACACACAGGAGAGAAGCCUUAUAGCUGUGAUCAUUGUGGGAAGAGCUUUAUUCGAUCAGACUCCCUGGCAAAGCACAAGAAAAUACAUGCAGGAGAGCCACAGAGUGUAGAAUGAUCUCCAACACCAGACCUGGGUAGUAGAACACAGAGUAAUGAUCUAUUUGUAAUCUAACUAUUGAUGUCGUAGUGUUUGUGUUCAACUUGUUUCAUAAUAAUAUAAUUUAUAAUAUUGUAAAAUCCCACAAGUUUUGACAGCUCUAAACUCAAAUGAUUUCUAAUUUUGUAAAUGGAACAUUCAUAGAAAAUGUUAUAGAUGAAGGAACAGGACAAUAAAUGUGAUGUUUUGAUGUAGUUGCUCUCCAAAAGCCUGAGGAAGUUCAUGUUGGAAAAGUAGGUAUGAGACAUAUCAUGUAGCCUCGGCUCCAGGUUUCAUUAUUGUAAUCUGUUUUCACACCUAUAAAAAUCUAGAAUAAACUAAGUGCUCUUUCCAAACAUCCCUAUGACCACAAGACGUUGACAAUACGUCUAAUUAACGUAUUGUGCUCCCUGGGAUGCACAGUGUUCUACAUGUCAUAUUGUUGUCAUGUUAUGAUCUCUUAUCUUUUUGUCUGUUUGUUUUAUAAAAAUGAACACCAUAGGGUCAGAGACGGGGGAGAGAGCGAGGGUCAGAGACGGGGAGAGAGCGAGGGUCAGA